GUUUGGAUCAGCUGUCUCUUGGCCGGGGUCCCAGCCCCGCCAGCCCCAGCGGCGCCGCCCGGGCAGGCGGAACCAGUGUGUCUGGGACAGGGGGGAACGGAGCAGGCAUGGCCGUGGGGUGCGGGGUGCUGUUGCUGCUGGGGGCGCUGCUGGCGCCCGGCCAGAGCCAGGAGCUCAGUUCGGAGGAGGAGAGACAGGCCCUGAUGCUGAAGCACCUGCAGGAAGUGCUGCAGCUGCCAGAGGAGGAGGGCGAGGGGCCCCCCGAGAUGACGCUGACGGAGCUGGCCCCCGAGGGGGGCGAGGAAGAGGAGGAGGGGGAAGAUGGGGAGGGGGCACCCAUCGAGGAGGACAUUCAGCCCACCCAGCCAGCCCCAACCACAGCGGCCCCUCAGCCCGAGGAGGACGGAUUCACUUACGUGUUCUCGCGGCUGGACAGCCUGGACGCGGCCGUGCACCGGCUCAACGUGCAGUUCUACACCAUGGACCUGCGCCUGGCCCAGUUCUCCCAGGGCCUGGCCGAGCUGCGGGGGCGCCUGGCCGAGGCCCAGGAGGGGCUGAGCGCCCUCAACCAGACCAGCACCCGCAACCAGCAGGACAUCGGCAAGAUCGACGGCUGCCUGCGGGGCCGGAGGUUCCACGCCAAAUGCUUCCUGAUCGUUAAGCAGUUCGAGGGCUACGACAGGGCGCAGGAGCUGUGCCGGCUGCGGGGCGGGAACCUGGCCAUGCCGGCCGACACCGCCGAACUGGCCGCCCUGCGCCGCUACCUGCACGAGGCCUUCCAGCCCCACAACUGGCCGGCCUGGGUGGGCAUCCACGACCGGCGGGCCGAGGGCUUGUGGCUGUAUGAGAACGGCCAACGCGUCUCCUUCUUCGACUGGUACCAGGACCACCUGGUGAGCCAGCCCAACGGGGGCGCCCGGGAGAACUGCGUCUCCCUCUCCUCCGACGACGGCAAGUGGUGGGACAACGACUGCGCCCGGCGCAUGUACUACGUCUGCGAGUACCGGCUCUAGGAGGGUGGGGGUGGACCCUGCGCCCAGACACCCAGCACUCCCCAGCCCGGAGACCCAGCAACAGCCCCCGGGACCCUGCGCCCAGAGACCCUGUACCCCCCAGCCCAGACACCCAGCACCCGCCCCCCCCAAGACCCUGCACCCCCCCCAGCCCAGAAACCCAGCACCUGCCUCCCCCAGGAACCCUGUAUCCCACAGCCCAGAGACCCUGCACCCCCCAGCCCAGAAAUCCAGGACCUGCCUCCCCCAGGGACCCUGUAUCCCCCAGCCCAGAGACCCAGCACCUGUCCCCCCCAGGACCCUGCACACUCCCCGGAGACCCAGCACCUGCCCCCCCCCCCACCCAGGGACCCUGCCCUCCCCAGCCCAGACACCCAGUACCCACCUCCCCACGGAAACACUGCACCCCAGAGAAUCGGUUCCCGAACCCCCAUCAGCCACCCAUCUACUCCCGACAGAACAAUGACUGCACCCAUCUGUGAGUACCGGCUCUGGGGGGCCGUGCCCCUCCCCCAUCCCAGAGACUCAAACCCCCCAUGCCCCGACACCUGACAAUGUAUCACCACAUGUAGUUGCUCAAGGUCUGAACAGAUCCCCAGAGAUGACCCAUCACCCAGGUGCUAGAGGGUCAAAGGUCAUCACUGUGGGUGGGGGCACAUGCAAAUCCCUGGCCCCAGACACACACACUGGGACAGUCUCCCCCCUUUCCCCCCACCCAGGGCCUUACACGGCCCCUUGGGCUGGUCCUGCCUUGGCCUCAGCUGCCCCCCCCCCCCGGGGCCUGUCCCCCACACGAGUCCCCCCCAGGGCAGCCCCCCGCCCCGGUUACACUUGCAGGCGUCUCUGGUAAAAUAGAAACUCUUUUAUUCGUUUUUA